AUGACAACACCACUGGCCGUUCGACCUGGCAGGGUAGGCCGACCGAAGUCUAAAACGGGCUGUGAUACUUGCAAGUCAGUAUUCCUCAACAAUUCUACUUCGUUUAGUACUCAUAAGUCUACUAGGGCUCGUCGUGUCCGAUGCGGAGAAGAAAAACCACAAUGCUUGAGGUGCAGUAGCACUGGGCGACAAUGUUCUUAUAGCUUGAACUCCACGCCUACAAGGAACUUGAAGAAGACCGAGUCACCACAACAACAAAUCGCGCUGUAUUCACAUCAAGGGUCGCGAGAGCGACGUGCGUUCGAGUAUUAUUUUUACAAGGCUGGUCCAGCACUCUCCGGUGUCCUGGAUUUGGCGUUUUGGCGAGGCUCUGUUCUACAGAUCUGUCGGAUGGAGCCAGCAAUCUGGGAUGCUAUCAUUUCUCUAAGCUCACUUUACGAGCGCCCUCCAAUUUACGAAGUUUCACCCUUCCGACUUAUUAGUAACCCGGCGGAAGUCGAGCAUUCUUACCAUCGUGAGGCUUUGGUUUGGUAUUCACGCUCGCUAGCCGUUGUGCAGCAGCGUAUAGACCGCGGCGACGCAGAUCUGACAGUCUGCCUGAUAAGUUGCAUCCUCUUCAUCGCCAUCGAGCUUCUCCAAGGUAAUCGUCGAGGUGCUUUGAAUUUAUGCACGCAGGGGGUUCAAAUGAUGAAAACUACCCUCAGACGUGCGAGCGGCUCUAUGGGGGCCGUUUCGAGCAAAGCCUUCAUCGAUGGCGCAUUUUUAAUUCCAGUCGUCAAACCUAUUUUCCGGCGUUUGGACACAUGGGCUCUCAUAACUGAUGGUACAUCAAAAGCUGAUUGGUCAUUUGACCCAGACCCAGUCAAUAUGCAGGUGACAUCAAUCGAUGAAGCUCGUAAUGUUCUCUGCAACAUUGUUACAGACAUGAAAUCCCUCAAUAUCGAAACUAAGCGGCAUUGGAACCUUUCAGCCGAGAGUCGGGCAAAUAAUAUCUUGGACUUGGCAUCACAGCGGAACUUUCUGAAGAAUAAAUUAAAUCAUUGGCACCAGUCUUUCACUUCGCUACCCAAUGUUGAUCGAGACAGUGGCGGCACCGCACUGCUCCUCAUGACUUUCAUGAGUGUCUCAAUUGAAAUUGACACCUGUCUUGACCCCAAUCAAAUGACAUACGACAAGUUUGAAGCCGAGUUUACACAAAUCAUCAAUUACGCAACUACAGCCAUUUCAUCAACACGGAGUCCGGAGGGCAGCCAGCCCCGGUUCAUGUUCGAGGUCGGCGUUUUCCUCCCACUUUUUAUUACAGCGCUCAGAUGUCGUCACCCUCACAUACGUCGCCGAGCUCUGCAGCAUUUACAUGAGGCACCACCUACCCAAGGAGUCUUUAUGUGUGUUCCCGCAGCUCAUGCUGUGGCGGUUCUCGUGGCCCUUGAAGAAGACCCUGCAACGGCACUUAAUAUUUCCGGGAUAGAGGAAGUACUUUCUAGGCCAGGGUGUAUUCCACCGGCUCAGAAUCGGAUCUGGGAAUUUAACGUCUCGUCUGACAAUGAUCCAGAGGGAAGAACGCGCAACUGGCUUCAUUAUAGUCUACAGGACUUCUAUGAUAUUAAGGAUGGCCUCAAAUUCAUUCAAAAUGUUGUGCUUUUUCCUGGCGCUCAAUCGUGA